AAGCGUUGAAUAGGAAUCAUGCGACUUGCUUUGACGGAAAAACAACAUAAAAAAUUGCAACAAGCGUCCAUAUCUUUACCUCAUUUAGUUCAACUCUUUCAUUGUAAAGAUUUGUAUCAAGUUCUGGGUUGGAAUAGCUCGGCGAUGUCAGGUUUGCUUUUAAAAGAUGCUUACACCAUUCAGACCCGUAAAUAUCUCGAGGGUUUGUGGAAUUUGUGUUUGCAGUUUGGGAUAGUCGAGUGGAGACCAGAAACAAUAUCUCAUUUAAAAGUGUUUGAACAAACAAAUGAGUUUCACGAUGUCGUUAUUUGUGCUGGAGCUGAUACUAACUCCAUCAAAGGUCUAUCGGAACAAGUGUCGAUAACUCGUUCGUUUGGUAGAAAUUUGUAUUAUCGGUGGAAUGGAACUAUGGACAAGUUGGAUGUAUUGAAAAUGCCCAUCAUAUGUGGAAAAUAUCUAAUUCCUAAUAAGACGACAUUUACUGCUGGAGCCACUUUCGAUAGAGAACCUUGUACUUUAGAUCAACUUUCGGAGGACUAUGAGAUAGCAAAUAUCCAUAGCAGAUUGGAUAAACUCGUCUCUGGAAUGCUCAAUCAUAUGCAGUGUAUUCAUAUUGACGUAAGUCGACGGAAUAUAACAUGAGAAACUGCUCAACUUUGAUAAAUAGGGCGCAUUUAGA